AUGUCUGAAGCAGAUGUUGGUGCCUCCGCCGCCAUCUCGGAGCUCGCGGCACUCAGCACUGCCAGCCAGCAGAGCAGCCUGGAGCCAUCCCACAGCCCCCAGGAACACAAGCACAACUGCUCCAGCCCCGACAGCCAGGCAGCAUCGGGGCCGUCACACAGGUCCCAGCUGCCGCAGCUCAGCUGCCAGACCAGUGAGCUGGGGACAACCUGCUCACAUGUUCCUGACCAUCAGGAUACAGUGGAGCAGCACCAAGCACAGCAUGGGAGCAGCCAUACACCCACCCCAGCCACUGAAAGCAGCUCCCGCAUCUCCACCAGACGGGGCAGAUCGGGAUCCUCCAGAGCAGCCACAGCAGCCGCACGCAGGAGGCGUCCCAGGCAGCGGAGAACAAACACGAACAGCUACUCCCCGCUGCAAGGUCGGGCCCCAGGAUCCCAGAGCCGGACCAGAAGACCUCGAGGCAGCAGGCAAACACCAUUUCCAGCUGCUCAGAACAGAACCCGCAGCACCACCAGAGCGGCAAGGCGGAGGUCCUCGAGGGCUCCCCUGCAUUCACACCCUGCGGAGUGGCCCGGGCAGACAGGGGAGGCCCGCAUGCGAAGCCGUUUCUCAGUGGCACAACGAGCCACAAAUGUCUGCAGCCGGCGCAGAAGAGGCUGCAGGAGAAAGCCCCAACCGCAGAGGCUUUCCCGGCCAUGA